UUUUGAUACUCUGUUUUUGCCGGCUUUUGAUACUCUGUUUUUACCGGCGAAAACGAAACGAUGGGUGGUUGUUGCUUCUCGACGGCUCUAGAGAACGAUCAAACUCCGCAACAGCCUCAGACUCAGCAAGGUGAACGCAAGAAUGAUGAAAGCAAGAAGGAGGAGGAAGUCAAGAACGAAGGAUUCGAAAACUGGCCUUUCACAGAGUUCUUCCGCUCCGAUCUCACGACUGAGAACUUCAGCUCCGACGAGAUCAUAUCAGAGAACUCAGAAGAAUCUCCCAAUGUUGUUUACAAAGGGAUUUUAUCAGAGAAUCUUGGCUUUGUCGCUGUCAAAAGAUUCAAGAUUACGCCUUACGAUCAUCCUGACUACUUCGCCGAAGAUGCAGAAGAAGUUGGGAAGCUAAAUCACAAGAGACUCGUCAAGUUGUUGGGAUAUUGCUCUGAUGAAGAUGAAGCGCUUCUUGUUGCAGAGUUCAUGCCUAAUGGUACUCUUGCUCAGCGUUUGUUCCAUCAGAAAAACAUGGAUUGGUCAAUGAGGUUGCGAGUGGCGUAUCAUAUAGCCGAAGCAUUGGACUAUUGCAAUAGUGCAGGUUUUGUAUCAUACAGUAACUUAAGUGCUUACUCGGUUCUGUUUGAUAAGGAUGGUGAUGCCUGUUUAUCCAGUUUCGGCUUGGUGAAGGAGGUCGUUGAUGUUGAUCGAAGAACGAAAAGAAACGUGAACACUGAGAGUGUGACAUAUAGAUUUGGUACCAUCCUUGUGAAUCUGCUUACUGGAAUCAAAUUUCUUCCAAGCCAAGCUCCUGAGAUGAUCAAUGGAAAGGAUGUUACUGAGCUGAUGGAUCCAAAUCUGAAGGGACAGUUCUCUAGAGAUGAUGCUACUUUAGUUUUGAAUCUCGCCUCUGAGUGUUUGCAAUGCGAGUAUAAAAAGAGUCUCAUCACAACAGAGCUUGUUGCAACACUUGAAGCCUUACAAGCUAAAACACAAGUUCAAUAUCUUGAAAUGCUUCGACUGGAAAGGCAGCACGACGUGGGAGCAUCUUCCAGCCAACAGCAACAGUUUGAACCCUCGCAAGCAGUUCCAUCUUCUGAAAUGCCUGAGAUAACAAAGCAGCAUGAGAGGGAGGCAUCAUCUUCGAGCCAAACUCAACAUGAGCACUGAAUCUGCUAAUAACUUCAACAGAGCAACUCUUCUUGAAGCAAAGUGAUCCGGCAACAUGCUUAUUAGGAAGAUAAUUCUUGUUUUUACAGAGUUUCUUUAGAACAUAAUUGUUCUUAUUAGCUUUUGUUGAAACCAUUUUUUUUCUGUCAAUCUUCAAUUUCAACUCUUGCUUAACUUGCAGAACACGU